AAUCAAUUUUUAUUCCAAUAUGGAUAGUUAGUCUACAAUUUCUUUAUCACAGUCCUCUGGAUGCAGCGUUGGAGAUUUGACCAAGAAAAAAAGAACAAAGGAGGAAAUUGCAGCCUUAAAAAAUGAAGCCAAGGCAAGUAUUUUAUAUUAUGCGGAAAAUGAAUAACAAGAAAGCUAGAGAAGAAAAGGCAUUGUCCAAAGAGCUAGAAAAGCAAAGAAAAGAACAGAUACGCAUUGCUGAAAGAGAAAGAAAGAAACAAAUGGGAGGAUCUAAGGACUGUUUGCAGUACUUGAUUUUGAUGUUGGAUACCCGAAUUGUGAACUCUGGAGGGCAUGGAGUGGCCAUAUUUAAGGCUUGUGAAGCACAAGGGAUACAGUACAUCACUAACGAACAGACUGUACCAUUCAGUAUCACAUGGAACAGACAAGUCACCAGUAUUAAUGUAUCCAGGGAAAAUCAGGUUGAAACAGUGAAAUCUGAGCAGACGGAGGAAGAUGUCCUUGUGUUACUCCCAGUCGCUGACUUUGUUAAUUUUGUACAGAAUCAUAAAAAGUGUGGCAGCAAAUUAGAAGGCGGAUCAACUCUAACAAAUUAUGUACAGACUGUCAAACAGCAUUUACCUAAUUCUAUUUUAUCAUUUGUCGUCAUAGAGAUGGAAAAAUAUUUUAGGGAUCAGAAAACUAAGUUACAAAGGAAGCACAGAGCAGCAGUGUUAUCCAGUGAGAGGGUGACUCCAUGUUUGGACAGCGACCAAGGGAGUGUUCAUCGUCUGGAUGUCGAAGAGGCCAUUACAGACAACCAGCUUCAGACAGAUGUGAUGGUUUAUUUGUUGGAGACCCCAGAGGAACUGGCAGAGUUUGUAAGCACCUUUUCAAAGGCCGUAGCAGAGAAACCUGCAAAGAAAGAUCGAUUACAGACAGCUUUCUUUGAUGAUGGUGUAUCUACAGUAAAAGUUGACAAGAAUGGACAAGGUCUUCUGAAGGUUUGGAAGCAACAGCUGCUGCAGUUUAAGAACAUCAGUCCUGACAUUGCUGAUGCUAUUGUACAGGCCUAUCCCUCCCCUCACUUACUGAUGGAGGCAUACAGAAAAUGCAAUGAUUCAAAUGAACAAGAAAAAUUAUUAGAAAAUAUUGUGGUAAGACAAGGAGCUGGUGUGUUGGAGACGUCACGCAGAGUGGGGAAGGAGAUGUCGCGGAGAAUCUGCACUUUUGUGACCAGUUCAAAUCCUAACGAAGUAAUCAAAUGACUGCUUGUUGUUGCAGCAAUCCUCUCUUGUUUUAAUUACCUGUUGUUAUUAAUUAUUAAAGGGUGUAUUUUAAAAAAUCAUUUAAACAAUUGAUUGUGUUUUAUCCUUCACUAUGUCAAUGCAUUUAACUUGUAGAGUCAAUGAAAUUUUG